GGACGGUACCAUUUCCGCCAUCGCGCAGUAUUGAUGGGCAAUUAGCGGGCCCGCACGUGCGCGCGUCGAAUCCGCGGCCGUUAUGCAAGUUCCUAACUUGAAGCAAGGAAAAAUAUGAACAAUUUCCUUACUGACGGCUUUUUUCGGCUUCAACGUUGUCCUACCUGUUAUGUCCACUGUACAGUACAUCAUGCCCUCAGCCCCCAGAUUUCUCUCUCAGUUUACUAGGUCGCAACGCCCUUCUGAGCCUCUUGAUGAUCAGCCGCGGACUUCCAUCUCUCCUGCUUCCAGCAUCCGGAUCACUGUUUCCGCGACUGCAAGCGACGUAUCGGCUCACAGAGAUCACCAUGGUGAUUCUGCAGGAUCACAUCCUGGUAUCCUUGCUACUACAGCGCCUAUUCUUUCGCCUUCUACUGGUGCCUCAGGGGAUGAUGUCACGAAGCAAUCGACGUCUUUUCGAGACAGGAUCUUUGGGCGAUUGAAGAAAAGCCCUAGCCCCGAUCCCAAUCGUCUCAACCAAUCAACCAAUGUCGAUCUCGAUCAUCCUAUGUUGACUACACCCGCCCAGACAUCCACGAACGACCCAUGGCCAUCGCUGUCUCCCCUUCCCACCGAAGCGACUACUGAUUCGUCACGAGUAAUUCCUAGCGCAGAGGGAGAGGCUUCAGAUGCCAGGUCGUCAGUUCCAGCUGCUCCAUCGGGCCCGGCGGCACCUCGCAGAUCCGAUGGAGAUCCGAAGAAGAUGAUCAUUGGGAGCACUAAAGCCCUCCUCCGAACCGCGGCCACUGCUCUCAGGCUCCUCCCUAUCCCAAAUCUUGAUCAGAUCCCAAACGCCCUUUUGACAGGGAUUCAAAUCUAUGAGGUUCGAGAAUCUUGAAGAUCUCGAUGGUGGUCGUCUUUUAUAUCUGGUUGCAGACUCGUACCCAGUCGUCGUCGCUCCGUGGACGCGCACUGCGCACACGCAAUUUCAAGUUGGGUUUAUAUUAAAAGUCACAGUCACCUUUACAUGAUGCAUGAGUAGUCAUCUUUUGUAUUGAACCCUUAAAGUCACAUGUGCCGG